CGUUGUUGCGACAGAGACGGAGAAGUCAAACGACAUGAAUGUAGAAAAUAAUCAUACGGCAGAAGAAGAGAAGGAGCAAACGGAUGACGGCAGCGAGACCAUUACAAUUCAAACCACACUAGGAGACGAAGAUGAUGUGCACAAGUGCGGACGCUGUCAGUCGGAGUUCUCCACCCUCGAGGCUUUCAUCCAGCACAAGCUGCAGCACAGCUGCAGGCGGCUGGAGACCAGGGAGGCCGGCCGGGACCACGGCCAGGAGCUCACUACAGCCGAUGGCAGCUCUGCCUCAGAGGGGAAGACAGCUGAGGAUUCCUCCCCAGAUACAAAACCAGGGAGAACCACUGAUGAUGAGAGCUGUGAUCUGUUGGGUCGAGGUCGCAGGAAGAAAAUUGCCUCACUUAAAGUUACAGACCAGUCUGAGACUGAAGGAUUUGCAUCUGACAAUGCUGACAGUGACAAGGCACCUUACAAAGUCAAUCAAGAGGGACGUUAUAUUUGCCACCUUUGUGAAAAGACUUUUAAAACGACAAACAUCUUGAGAACUCACUUGAAAACCCACAGUGACCAGAAGAACUUCUCAUGUGGACUAUGUGGAACCUCAUUCCGGACCAAAGGCUCCUUGAUACGCCACAAUCGCCGUCACACUGAUUUAAUUAUCUUUCUCUUUUUCCCUCAUUUAUUUUUCACUUCUGCAGAUGAGCGGCCUUAUCGGUGCAGCCUUUGUGGUCAGUCCUUCAGAGAGUCAGGAGCUCUCACCAGACAUCUUAAAGCGUUGACUCCCUGCACAGAAAAGAUCCGUUUUGUACAGUACAAAGAAAUUCUGGUCGGCAAGGAUGGUGUUCAGAAAGGGGUUGAAUCUGAUCAAGUAUCAGUGGCUGCUCAACAAGAAAUGAUAGUUGUCGAGCAGCAGCCAGAGGAGCAGGAGAUGGUGGAAGCUCAGACUGCUGUUGUCAGUGUGGUAGACGCUGGUUCUCAAGAAGUCUUGCGCCAGGUCCACUUCACAAUGGAGGUGGACGGAACAACGCAGGAGCAACAGGUGGUGGUGGAGCAGUCCCAGGCUGAAGCCCUGGCCGCUGCAGCAGCAGCUGGGGACAAUCUCAUCUGUCAGGCCAUCAUAAACUCCGGCAUUGCACUGGGAACAGAGGAAACGGUGGUGGAGGAGGCCUCGCAAACAACCGAGGAGAUGGAUAAAGUGGUUUCUGACCAUCCUGACACUGAUGACAGUGUCAUUGAAAUUCAGGUUAAAGAGGAGUUCGUCGAAAUGGAAGGAGCAAGUGACGAUCGGACAUCCUCAAAGUCGCAUACAUGUCCGCACUGUAGCCGGUCAUUCAAGGGCUUGAAUUAUUUCCGUUUUCAUGUUAAAGGUCACUUAGGCUAUAAGCCCUUUAAGUGCACAUUGUGUCACAAAGAGUUUCUUACUGGUUACCUCCUUAAGAAACACAUGGAGGUUCAUGUCAGUGAGAGAAGAUAUAAGUGUGGUGAAUGUGGCAAGCUGUAUAAAACAAUUGGUCAUGUACGUGAACACAUGAGGGCCCACUCGGAUGACAGACCGUACCACUGUACAAGAUGCAACAAAGGAUACAAGACCAAGAAUGCCUUACAUGUUCACCAGCGGACUCACGGUGACGAGAAACCAUACGUGUGUGAUUUCUGCUUCAGAGGCUUCAGAGAGAAAGGCUCUCUGGUCCGACACAUCCGUCAUCACACCGGAGAGAAGCCUUUUAAGUGCCCAAAGUGUGGACGUGGAUUUGCUGAGCAUGGGACUCUGAAUCGGCACAUGCGUGCUAAAGGAGGCUGUAACAAGGACAAUUGUAGCGAGCAGAAGGAUGUUGAAACGGAAGAGCAGUCAGCGGACAGCGUCGCCACAGCAGCCAUUAUCUCAGAGGACCCUCACGCUGUCUUGGUGGAGUUCUCCUCAGUGGUGGCGGACACGCAGGAAUAUAUUAUCAAGACUCAAACCGAGGAUGAAAUGCAGGAAGAAGUUACACUCAUUCAAGACACCCAAAAUGAGAUGGGAAACCAGAUCAUGAAAGUGGUGCAGCAGAUUGUCAGCCAGUCGCACGGAACAGGCAAUCACAAGAUCAUUGUGCGCAAUGUGGCGGGGAAUGAAGAAGGCGCGUCCAUCUCAGACUGUGGUGAUACCAUCACCAUCGCUACACCAGAGAGCCUGACGGAGCAGGUGGCCAUGACGCUGGCUUCAGCCAUCAGUGACGGCACUCUAAUGGCCACGGAAGGUACCGUGGAGACGGCGGAGGGAACAGUUACCAUGGUUACUACAGAGGAAGCAGUAGAGGAGGGAAUACAGAUGGUGCAGCAGCAAGAGGAAUAUGUCAUCACCUCCCCAGAGGAGGUGGAGAUUCAGACUGUCGUUCUAUGAUCAGAGGCUGUGAACUGUAAUGGCAUCGGCUUUGAGCGUAACUCUGUAAUGAAUUACUGCAGAGUUUUUAAGAGCUCCACAUGUUGAUGAAUCAUUUAGGAAAAUAAAGCUUACAUGUUUAUAAAGUUUAUGGUAACAUAAAUCAAAUGAGGAAAACUUUGAGUUAACUAUUUAAUGUACACAUGAACAUCACAUCAUGUUUGAUUUUUAGCUAUAAAUGUACUCACUAAAUAAUCACAGCACUGAUUGUGGUAGGUACUUUGGAAACCCAUAUUAAGAUGAUUGCUGGAUGUAUUUUAUAACAUGAAUACUUCAAAAUUUGGCCUUGCAGAUAAUUAUAUGUUUUUGAUGGAAAAAACAGCCCCUUUUCCCUUUUCUCAUCUACAAUCAUCAAAUUAAAAAAAAAAAUAAUCUAUUUACUACCCGGCAUGACAUAAUUUCAUUGCAUUUUUCCUUUGUGGUCCUUCAAGUCUGGCUUAGUCAUAUUUUUGUACUUUUUAUUUCAAGUUUAAAGUGUAGUCUGCAGCCGUUUGCUCUGCAGAGACAUCGUUCAAAGUGUUGCAGUUCUGAGCUGAUAAGUCAUGAUGCAUCUUUCAGCAUGACAGAUAUACCAGUACAGGUAUGUGAAUAUGACAGUUUACAUGAA